AUGUUUUUCACAUUCAUAAGCUAUCCGAAUGUGUACUCCAACAUUUUAUAUAUUACUUCCGCAUUUUCACUUCCAAUUCACAUAUUCGGAGGAUGCUGUAUACUGUGUAAAACUCCCACUGCUAUGAAAUCAGUGAAAUGGGCGCUGUUCAAUCUCCACUUCUGGUCCGCUUCCUUGGAUUUAUCCAUAAGCUUGCUUGCUCAGCCAUUCAUGUGCACACCGGCGUUUGCCGGGUUUUCACUUGGUAUUUGGGGUUUGAUAGGAGUGCCCACAGUUGUCUGGAGUUUGGGUAUUAUUGCGGUGUUUAAAAUGGUCCCGAUCUCCAUAAUUUCCAUGUUCGAGAAUCGCUACACUGUCCUAUUUGUCACAAAUAACGGCGCUUGGAGAUAUCUACGUUACCCUUUCCUUAUUUUAAACUACACGCUCGUACUUGCCUAUUGCAUUCCAGUAUAUCUAGAUGUUCCGGAAGAUCAGGAAAAUGCCAAGCGUGUCAUGUUCGAGAUGUAUCCUCAAGCCUGUGAACUUGUCGUCUCCAAGUCUGUUAUAUUUGUGAUGACGCUUGGUGAUGAUUAUUGGUCGAACUUACGGGAAAAUGCUCUGACAGUGUUGGUGUUAGUGGAGAUUGUUGUCUUCGUUGUAGUGAUAAGGGUGAAAAUGAAUAGAGCUACAAAGGAUAUUCAAACAUCAAUAUCACGUGAUACAUUUCACAAGCAUAGGAUGUUCAUAAGAGCCUUGAAUCUUAAGAUCGCUAUUCCGAUUGCGAUCAUCUUCAUCCCGGCGGUCUUUGGUGCGUAUCUAGCUUCACAAGAUUCCGUUCAACAAGGUGUUGAUAACUUACUGAACACUGUAACAUCACUCCAUGGAUUAUCAGCUACGAUUCUGAUGAUAUAUCUGCAAAAACCAUAUCGUGAAGUGUUCCUGGCAGUGGUUCUUCGUCGAAAAAAGCCAGUUGAACUUAAAACUGUUCGAAUCUUUUCUGCAACUCGAAUUACUAAGAGUUUUGUGUGA